UGGAGGGGCCACUACCGGCUACAAAAAUGUGUUUAAAUUAAACUGGUAUAAGGAUGUCAAUUAUUUCGACAGCUUACGACUCGUAUACAUUCACAGUUGUAGAAUUUACUGUUGAAAUUUACAAAAAAAAUAUAUAUUUCAUAUGUGUUUGAGUUAUGAUAAGGUGUAAGUGUAAUGCAUAAAUAAUAGGGAAAAAAUAAAUAACAAAUAGGGAAUAAAUUUUAAAAAAAACACUUUUUAUUGUAGACUCUACCUAACCCAAUGUAAAUUCUUAUUAUGUUUGGGGAAAAUGAUAAAGUAUAUCAGUUUUAAACAGUGAGCUUCACAUAUCUAAAAUAAUUACAGUAGUGAAAAUUAUACCACAAAAUGGAUAUAGGUAUUUUUAUUUAUUUAUUAUUUUUAUCAAGGCUGGUCAUUAUAAACUGUGGUAAGUCAUAUAAUAUUUUAAUAUAUCCAUUAACAUAUUUAUUUGAAUAAAAAGUCAUGUCUAUUUGACCGUUCAUAUAAUCUUUUACUCCGUCAUAACCUCUGUCUACCUAAUCUUUUAUACUUAUCAAUUUGUGUUUUUCCCGUUUAAUUUUGUGUGGUGUAUGUUUGUUUGUGUGUGUGCGUGCGUGUGUGUGUGCGUGUGUGUGUGCGUGUGUGUGUGUGCGUGUGUGUGUGCGUGUGUGUGUGCGUGUGACCCCCCGCUUGCUUUUGAAACAAGGAUUGAGCAAAAAAAUAAACUUGAAAUUUAUCAGUAACAAUACUUUUUUUUCCGUUUAUGCAACCAGUGUGAUUUUUUUUAAAAACUGUUAGCCGCCACUUAUUCCUUUACAGGAUCAGUGACUGUCACCCCGUUCUGUCCACCAGCUGAAGAAGGAAAAGAAUACACGAUGACUUUUAGGUGGACACCGCCUAAAGAAAGAAUACUGAAUAUUGAAAUCAUCAGAGAAGAAACGGCCGUGGCCAGCUGCUCCUCUUUAAAUGUGUGCAACGAUUACAUCCCGAGUUUAAUUCGAACAACAUCAACUUUAAACAAAACAAGUUCAGAAAUUACGAUAUUUGUUCAGAUUUUUAGUAUGAUCCGAAAAAAAAGAGAGCAUACACACACAGACUGGUAUGUUUCACUGCAAGCUAGAGAUUUAACCAGUUGCAGGGUCAAUUUCUAUAGUAAGUUUAUGUUGUUUUUUUUAAUAUAUAAAUUUUUAAAGUGGCUUUGAAAGUUUUAUUUAGAAAUUGAAUUAGUUAUUCACGAAAGUGCACCAUCAUGUAUCAUAUAACAAAGUAUAAUGUAUUAAAAAUAUGAUCGUGUUAUAGGCUUUUUUUUGUGUUGCAAUCAUUUAAAACAGGUUUUAAUUUUUUUUUUUUAAAUUUAUUUUUUGUCAUACAUCUUCUUUUUAAACAAAAAAGAAUAUGUUUUGCCUUUUUAUUAGCAAAGGUGACGAUGAUUAAUUGUGUGCAAUUCCUCGAUGUCAACCAUCUCUUUGUUACCUGUAAAACUUCACCGACUUAUCAUGAGGUCAAAUGGAAAAUUGUCAAUAUUACUAGAGGAGUAGGUGUUUUAUUCUGA